AUGCCAAAACAACUUCAAACUCAGAAACAAGAGGACGUCCCUAAGAAGGAGGAGAAGACAGCCAAGGAGGACGAGCAAACGAUGAUCGUCGACAAUGAUGCGUGGGUUAAAGACCUGAAAGCAUUAUUCAACACCGAGAAAGUUCUGACUGCAACUCAACAGAAAAGCUAUCUUUUUGGCCCAAUGCGCUUAAAAGGACAACUUAUUUCGGAACGAAUUAGUCUCGCAGUUUUCAUCCGCACCAAGAUUUUUGGAACAGGAGUGGAAUCGUUCAAAGAGCAUCGAGACUUCACUGCCGUAAACACGUCACGAUCAUUCUUCGACAAGGGAGUUGUCAGUCUAUUGGAGUCUAGUCUUAGCCAGAAUCUUGCCGCCGAGUUCGAGCAGUUUUACAAAAACUUCUGCAAGCAAGAAGAUAAUGUAAAAAUUGACGGUGGAGAAAAUGUUGUGAAAAUGGAGAUUGCUUCUGGAGAAGACGGCAUUUCGGGUGAAUCAGCAUCCAAAGCAAAGGCAGAAGAUGAGACAGAGAAGGCUUCAGUAAUGAGUGAGGAGCUGAAGCUGAAACUUGAACAGAUGUAUGCGUCGCUUCCACCGCAGCACGAACUUGUCUAUCCGCCUCCACCACCACCAGGAUCACUCCGUAUCCCAAUCGGUAAAUUUGCAAAGUGUCAGUGCAAAGAAGGUUGCGAAUUCGAGUUGGCGGAGCCGGCCUACGGAUUCCCAGCAGUGAAGAACUUAUUGAGUUCUGGAUGA